GAUCCCAAAAAAAAUACACUCUUGCAAGCAAGCAACGGAACUUUUCCAACGGAAACGGAAAACGCGGUAACACGUACAAGAAUCAACUCUGUGAAUUUUGAAAGUGUGUUCUAGCGAUGUGGUCACACUAAGCAUAAGUGACGUGAAACUUUUUAAGAACUUUUACAAAUCGAGAGAAGCAAAUAAAAAUCGACAAAAUGCAUUCCGUGGAAGACAUGUUGGUGGAGAAAAACUACAGCAAGUGCCCGCUGAAAAAGCGACCAGUUAACUACCAGUUCGAGGAUCCCGAGCCCCAGGAUCUGUGCGUGAAGAAGCUGGAAAUAACAGAGGAAGAGGAGGAGCAUCCCUCCGAGGAGCUCAUCAAUGUGAGCGACUGCUGCGAGGACGAGGGCGUUGACGUGGACCACACGGACGAGGAGGAGAUGGAGGAGGACGAAGAAGACGAGGAUGUGGACGUCGACGUGGAUUCGGAUGCCAAUCAGACACAGGCGGCAGCCCUAGCAGCCGCUGCUGCAGUGGCCGCCGUGGCCAGUGCCGCCUCAGUGUCUGCUUCCGUGCCCGGAUCGGUGAUAAUGCCUACGCCCACAUACCCAAAAUACCCGUGGAGCUUCCACAUGUCGCCGUACACCGCCGAAUUCUACCGGACCAUCAAUCAUCAGGGCCACCAGAUCUCUCCCCUGCGCGGCGAUCUCAUGGCCCCCAGCUCGCCCAGCGAUUCCCUGGGUUCUCUGUCGCCACCGCCGCAUCACUAUCUGCAUGGCCGGGCCAGCUCCGUGUCGCCUCCCAUGAGGUCCGAGAUCAUCCACCGGCCCAUUGGAGUACGGCAACACCAUCAGCAUCAGCAUCGCUUCUUGCCGUAUCCUCCCAUGCCCAGCUAUCCCGCUCUGGGCGGCUAUCACCACCAUGCGCCCAUCUCGCCGGCCUAUUCCGAGAGCUCCUACUACUCCAUGCGCUCCAUGACCCCCGAGUCCAGCUGCAGCUCCUCCCUGCCAGAGGAUCUCUCACUAAAGCACCUGAAGAAGACCCUCAAGAAUAAUCCACAGCAAAGCGAGCUCACGCCGACCAAAGCUGGCGAUGUGUCUACAUCAUCGUUGCCUGCAGGAGCUGCUGCAUCGGGCAGCUCAGGCUCCUCCAAGAACAAGGACAAGUCGCAGCCGCCACGCUACCAGUGCCCCGACUGCCAGAAGAGCUACUCCACCUUCUCCGGCCUGACCAAGCACCAGCAGUUCCACUGCCCCGCCGCCGAGGGCAACCAGGUGAAGAAGUCCUUCAGCUGCAAGGAUUGCGAUAAGACCUACGUCUCUCUGGGUGCCUUAAAGAUGCACAUUCGCACCCACACGCUGCCCUGCAAGUGCAAUCUCUGCGGCAAGGCCUUCUCCCGGCCAUGGCUGCUCCAGGGACACAUCCGCACACACACGGGCGAGAAGCCCUUCAGCUGCCAGCACUGCCAUCGUGCCUUCGCCGAUCGCUCCAAUCUGCGUGCCCAUCUGCAGACGCACUCGGACAUCAAGAAGUACUCCUGCACCAGCUGCUCCAAGACCUUCUCGCGUAUGUCGCUGCUCACCAAGCACUCUGAGGGCGGCUGCCCUGGGGGCAAUGCCAGCGGCGGAGGAUCCUCCAGCGAGCUGUCCUACGCCGGCUAUGCUGAGCCCUAAAAGGGGGAAUCAUCACCAUCAUAGAGAUCCCAGCCAUGUUCCACCAAAAAUUAGUUCCUAGCUCUCUUAGGCAGCUCCAAGUUUCCAAAAUACGAACAAAGCCCCAGUGCAGACACACAAUUUCAAGAAGAAUUUUAUUUUUAUUUUCUAGUCAGCAUUUUCUCCGCGCAGAGAAAAUUAAAAAAGAAAAUUACAUUUUAAUUUCGUAAAACCAAUUCAUUUUGUAGAGCCUGUAAUUUCUGAAGAUUAUGAUUAUUAUUUCUCCCAAACCCCAUGAGUGUGUCCCCAUCCUAAAGCCGAACUUUGUAAAGUAUUCUUUGAUUUAUCCUGUACAUAAUGUAUUAUGUCUAACUGUAGACUUUAAGCUGAACAAAAACGAAACGCCAGACAAUCGUAAGCUGUAAAUGUAAAGACACAUACUAUUACUAUACAAACAUCUCUCCCUAUUUUAUACGAUAUAGUAUUUUAGCCUAGCUCGUAGAUCGUACAAUAUUUUUGAUACUACUACCUACACCUACUACUUUUCGUACACAUUGAAAAUGUUCUACUUUUAGGCUAAGCGAACGACAUAUUUUGAUACGAAAAUGUUUUGUAAUUUUAAGUAAUUUAUUGCAUCAAGUGGAGUAUGAAGAAAAAUACAUUUAAUUUACAAACGAGAAA